AGAGGCAUGCACUUCAAAAAGCAUUGCGACAUGUUACUGCGGAAUGACCAAAGAUAUCAAGGGACACGAGCAGUAGGAAUGCAAUGAAAAAACGAGCCAAAUCAGGAUUCCUCGAAUGACGUAGGAUUUGUGAUAUGCUGCUUUUUGGCGCGUUUGGCUAUCUGUAUUGCUUCGUCGAUGUUGCAACCCAACCCAACCCAACUCAACUGCCGGCCGCGCAGGGUCAAGCAGUUGUUUUGCGAUAUCAUCCGCAAGCAGGUGAUGCCAGGUUUAACGAGAUGACGACUUCCCGCGUUGGUUGUUGCCCAACCUUGACAACCAUCGACCUUUCUAUCGCUGUAAGCACUGAUGUCAUGUUGCUCAUAGUGAAUAUGUAGUUUUUGGAUGUAGGAUGCGGUCUGAUGUGACAAUGGGAUCACGUAGCGAUCAAGUACCUCUUGUCGACAUUCCGUGACAGCGAGUUUUUCGAAAACACCAAG